AUGGGUAGCCUCAAACCAGACGGACCGCGAGUUAUCCGCCUCAGCCUUGAGGAGCGGCUGAAAGGGACCUACUCAUUGGCCAAUCUUCAAAGUGCCUUGGAGGGACUUCAUCAGGAUGGCCUCUUGGUUCUGGAGUCCGCGGUUGGCGUUGAUCAUGUCGACCAGCUCAACACGUUCAUGACGAACGAGACAGCUUCAAUCUUGAAGGCCAAGGAUCCAGAUGGGACGUUGAAAGCGUUUAAUCAGGGUGUCAAAUCGAAUAUCCUUCAUGGCCCACCCGUCAACAACGAGAGUCUCCUUUUCAACGAUGUAUAUUUCAACCCAUUCGUGAUCCAAAUCGCCAAUGCUUACCUCGGGUCGAGACCAAUCUCUAACUUCAUGACGGGCAACAACGCUCUACCUGGCACACAUGGGCUGAGGCAACCCGUUCACAAAGACAUUCGCUUUCACCAUCCGUUGGCACCGUUCUAUUUCAUUGCGAACAUCCCUCUGUGUGAUUUCGGUCCCGCCAAUGGUUCCACGGAAUUUUGGUUGGGAAGUCAUCAAAAUACCACGAGCUUUGAGCAGCAAGUAGCAACAGCUGCAGAUGCUGAUGAAUACCAAAUGGAGGGAGAUCCAAUGUGUGCGCUUCGUCCAGAAGUCGUCGAGGCUCGUCGCAAGAUUCGACCACCUAUUCAACCCAUCAUCAAGAAAGGUGACAUAGUGAUUCGAGAUCUCAGGCUCUGGCACGCAGGCAUGCCCAACGAAACCGAAACCGAAAGGAUAAUGAUCGCAAUCGGCUACCAAGCACCUUGGUACCCUAACCUGCGUCAACGACAUAUUUUGCCAGUUUCACGGUGCAAUUUCUUUCAAGCUGCUGGAGGACAACCGGUUGAGCUUCGUGCCAAUUUUGUGUCUGAUGCGGAAGCAGAAUCAGCCAGACACAACGAGACCUUUGACUUCCGACCAAGUAUGUAG